CAGCAGUGUUUCAUCUCCCGUUGGGCAUAACCAAAACUGGUCUGGUUGCAAUAGUCACUGCAGCUGUCGUUGCUGGUCUGCUGUCUCUUCUGCUUGCUUUGUUCUUAUGGCUGUCAAUAUAUCUGACCACAUGCCCGUCGACUGUUUCAGUGGAUACAAUGCUGGCUGCCUUGUGCCUGCGGGUUUAUCAAGUAA